AAGCCACGAGUUAUUCGUAGUUUUUCCGCAACAGCUUUAUGUUGAACAACAACUUUACUAUUAAACGACGACGUUCCAGUAGAUCCCGGCUCCACAGGCCCCCGCGCCCGCGCCGUCUAUUCUUCUUUUGCCAGUAUAUCCUUAUUAAUUUUCAAAAUCUUCCAGACGCUCAUGCUUUUUUUCUGUAAACCAGCAAGAGGACAUCGAUUUUCGUACCAGCAAGAAGGAAGUUCUGUAAGUUUAACAAAAUAGCGUUUGCGGCGCCUCAGAAUCUCGCGAAAUCCGAAGGUCAAGGUUUCGGUUUAAGUAAUCGAAGCCGUUGAAGUUGAGAUAGAUGGAGAUUAGCGGAGGAACAGAGGGCUUGAGUCGCGUUCCUUUAUCAGAAGUUGUUUCUGAUUGCGCCAAAAGAUGGUUUAAGGACACUUUGAAGGAGGCCAAAGCCGGCGACAUCAACAUGCAGGUCUUGGUGGGUCAAAUGUAUUAUAGCGGUUAUGGGAUUCCUAGAGAUGCUCAGAAGGGAAGAAUUUGGAUGACAAAAGCAUCAAGAAGUCGAUCGUCUGUCUGGAAAGUUAGUGAUAAACAUCCAGGUUAUAAUGCUAGUGAUUCCGAUUCGGAUGAACUGACUCGCGAUUCUUAACUACACCAAUGUUGCUGAUUCCUCUAUGUUAUGUCAAAACAGCUGCUGUAUGUGCUUUUCACCGUGGAGACUCUACUACUUGCUCAGCUAUGUGUGUAGCUGCGAAGAACUUGUGUACUUGCUUCCUGAUUGUUGGAUUUGACGGAUGUAAUAUGCUUUGAUUUCUACAAACAAUCUUAUAUCCAUUUUUUCAUUUUCUGUUUAGGUUACCACUUUUCAUUGUCUGCGGGAGAUUUUCAUUUGUUUUUUGCAUAAAUGUCAAAAUUUGAACUCUUUUGGUUGCUCUUUCAAAUUCCCUGUCAAGAACACUCUUUUGGAAGCC